AUGCUUGCUACCAAGCAGCUUGCCGGCGGUCUUGCCAGGGCUCGCAGCCUUGGCACCGCUGCCAUAGGCAUUCGUCGUUUGGCCACCGUGUCGGACUCGCCUCUGGAUCGCAAGGUUCGCCAGAACAACUGGGAGGCCAACAACUUUAUCAACUACAAGAAAAUGUCUGAAAACCUAGCCGUGGUCCGCAGCCGCCUCAACAGGCCUCUGACCUACGCCGAGAAGAUUCUCUAUUCUCACUUGGAUGAUCCCCAUGGUCAAGACAUCGAGCGUGGAAAAUCCUACCUCAAGCUCCGCCCUGACCGCGUGGCUUGCCAAGACGCCACCGCCCAGAUGGCCAUCCUCCAGUUCAUGUCCGCCGGCAUGGAUCAGGUUGCCAACCCCACAACUGUCCACUGUGACCACUUGAUCGAGGCCCAGAUCGGUGGUGAGAAGGAUCUUGCCCGUGCUGUCGGCCUCAACAAGGAGGUCUACGACUUUCUUUCCACUGCCUGCGCCAAGUACAACAUUGGUUUCUGGCGCCCUGGCUCCGGUAUCAUCCACCAGAUCAUCAUUGAGAACUACGCUUUCCCCGGUGGUCUCCUGAUUGGCACUGAUUCUCACACCCCCAACGGUGGUGGUCUUGGUAUGGCUGCCAUCGGUGUCGGCGGUGCUGACGCUGUCGACGUCAUGGCCAACCUGCCCUGGGAGCUCAAGGCCCCUAAAGUCAUCGGUGUUAAGCUCACUGGCGCUCUGUCUGGCUGGACCACCCCCAAGGAUAUCAUUCUCAAGGUUGCCGAUAUUCUGACUGUCAAGGGUGGUACUGGUGCCAUUGUUGAGUACCACGGUCCCGGAACCGAGAGCAUCUCUUCCACUGGUAUGGCUACCAUAACCAACAUGGGUGCCGAGAUUGGUGCCACCACCUCCCUUUUCCCCUUCAAUGACCGCAUGUAUGACUACCUCAAGGCCACAAAGCGUACCGAGAUUGGUGACUUUGCUCGCGUUUACGCCAAGGAGCUCCGUGAGGACCCUGGUGCCGAGUACGACCAGCUGAUCGAGAUCAACCUGUCGGAACUCGAGCCUCACAUCAACGGCCCCUUCACUCCGGAUUUGGCCACCCCCAUCUCCAAGUUCAGCCAAGCUGUCACGGAGAACGGCUGGCCCGAGGAGCUCAAGGUUGGUCUCAUCGGUUCGUGCACCAACUCAUCGUACGAGGAUAUGACCCGUGCUGCUUCUAUUGCCCGCGAUGCCCUCGAUCAUGGCAUCAAGGCCAAGGCCGCUUUUACCGUCACCCCUGGCUCUGAGCAGAUCCGUGCCACCAUCGAGCGCGAUGGUCAGCUUCAAACCUUCGAGGAGUUCGGUGGUAUUGUUCUGGCCAACGCUUGCGGUCCCUGCAUUGGACAGUGGGAUCGCCAGGAUGUCCCCAAGGGCACCGCCAACUCCAUCCUUUCUUCCUACAACCGCAACUUCACUGGCCGUAAUGACGGUAACCCCGCCACUCACUCCUUCGUCACCUCCCCCGACCUGGUCGUUGCCAUGACCAUUGCUGGCUCGAUGCACUUCAACCCUCUGACCGACAAGCUCAAGGACAAGGAUGGCAACGAGUUUCUUCUCAAGCCUCCUGUGCGUGACGACGGUCUUCCCUCGCGCGGAUAUGACCCCGGUAACGACACCUACCAGGCCCCCCCUGCGGACCGCAGCACUGUCAACGUCGCUGUGUCCCCUACCUCGGACCGUCUCCAGAUUCUCUCUCCCUUCAACGCUUGGGACGGCAAGGACGCCCUUGACCUUCCCAUCCUGAUUAAGGCUAAGGGAAAGACAACCACUGAUCACAUUUCCAUGGCCGGUCCUUGGUUGAAGUACCGUGGUCACCUUGACAACAUCUCCAACAACAUGCUUAUUGGUGCCAUCAACGAGGCCAACGGGGAGGCCAACAAGAUCCACAACUUCACCAACGGGGAGUGGGGUGCUGUCCCCGCUGUCGCCCGUGACUACAAGGCCAAGGGUAUCCGCUGGGUUGUCAUUGGUGACUGGAACUACGGCGAGGGCAGCUCUCGUGAGCACGCCGCUCUUGAGCCCCGUCACCUUGGUGGUCUUGCCAUCAUCACCCGCAGCUUUGCCCGUAUCCACGAGACCAACCUGAAGAAACAGGGUAUGCUCCCUCUGACCUUCGCCGAUCCCGCCGACUACGACAAGAUCAGGCCCGACGACAAGGUCGAUAUCCUCGCUACUGAGCUUGCCCCUGGCAAGCCCAUCACAAUGGUUGUCCACCCUCAUGACGGCUCCGAAGCCUUCAACAUCAGGCUCGAACACACCUUUAACGAGCCCCAGAUCGAGUGGUUUAAGAACGGCAGCGCUCUCAACACCAUGGCCAAGUCCGCAUAA